UCAAAGGUUCUGCAUCCUCCUAGAGCAGAAUUAAAAUUCCUCCUACAAGCUUUAACAUGUUUUCGGCUGGACACUGAUAGAAGUCACAAGACUGCUCUAACUGCUGAUGAGAAAAGAUAUUUAGCAAUUUAUAUUUACUAAAAUAAUUGCACUUCCAUGUUGUGUGUACUGUGGGAGACCAGAUAUAGUGAAUGCAGGGUUCUGGGUUUAGUAACACUUGGAUGAGAGAUGGUGAAUGCAGGGUCCGGGGAGACCAGAUAUGGUGAAUGCAGGGUCCUGGG